GUUACGUAACUUACAGUGCGGCCCUCGAACUCGGUUAGUAAGAGGUAUGUAUUUUUUAUCUACUAGGUCUUUCAGAUCUGGUUCAAAUGCCAUCAUUCCACGCCCAACUUGGCCAAUAAGCAACUACCCUGGGAAUGUUUACCCAUCAACCACGCCCCCAAAAGGUGAGACUGACUAUAACGCAAUGGACUUCAACCUGUGGAAUGACCUGGGUCACGAGUUUAUGGUGAAAUCUAACAUUAACCACUGGAUCGCUUGCAAAGAAGGAACCGGAAGUCUGGUGGACUUCAAGCAAGGAAAUCUACAGUGCCGCAUCAUCAAGAAUGUUGCAACCAAGUGUCACAACUACGUUCCAGAUCAGCUAAUUCUUCACUCGGCAGGAAAUCCCGCUGGUUCUACCCUAGGUCCUGAUCUGAUACGAUCUCAAAGCACUUCGCGGCUGAAGGAGUACUACUACUUCGAAUCUAACACGCGCACCGGAAAUUGGCCUACCCACGAUCCUUGUGGUACCAACGGACUGAACCACCUCACCCAAGUGAAUGGACCUCGCGGCAAUAUCUACAUCCGGGAGUGAUGCGCGUUAACUUUGCCUUGUAUUGUUCACAGGAAGUUCAAGCACGGCUCUCGGUGGCAAACGAUUAAUACGUAUCUGUAUAAGAAUGUGAACUGAUCUUUACAGCUUGAAACAAAACGGCUAAAGUUUGUUUUCUUCUUUUAUCAUGAGUUGGCAAAUUAAUGGAAGGAAGCUUCAAAUGUGCCAUUGAACGCUCAAUCACAGACACACUGUAUUCUUUGGUUGACUUUCUUUUUAUUAUGUUCUGUCAUGGAUUCGUUGCUUUUUUGUUUCCUUUUUAUUUUCAUACAGAUACUUAGUAAAUCGUUUCAGAUUGUUGCAGUCAGUCUCCCUGUAGUGUU